AUGGAGAGGGCCAGGCCGGAGCUGCCGCCUCAGCCUCGCCGACUGCCACGGGCGACCCCACCGCUCCGGUUGCGCCCUCCACCGCCCCCGCUGCCGGUCGAGGGCACCUGUUUUCACUCAGCGGCCGCCGAACCCCCUCCGUCGCCACCUGCCCCGUGCGCGGCGGCCAUUGCGACGGUGGCCUCGUCGACGCGCGGGGAGGACCCGGCCUCGGGCGUGCAGCCCGCCGCACGACGGCUGCUGCAGGUGAAGCAGGAGCAGGUGCCGCCGUCGGGGCCACCGCCGCCUCAAGCCCAGGACGAGGACGCCGGAGCCUCGCCCGCGCAGGCGCAGAUGCUGCAGCUGCGUCCCGAGCUGCUGCUGUUGCCGCCCGCGGCCGAGGGCGCCCCCUGCAGGCCGGAGUUGCGCCCGGUGCAGCCUCGGGUGCUGCAGGUCAAAGCCGAGAAGCCGGAUUUGGGGUCCGCCUUAGAGCCGUCGCUGGGACCUCGGAGGGCCGUUGAGGCUGGUGCUAGAGUCGCCAGGGCAGACGAUCCCGGGAUGGCUGUCGACGGCCACCGGGGGGACGAAAAGAAGGGCCAGCCGGAGGCAGAGGAGGUCACGAGGGAUGCAGCGAAAGGCGGGGAAGGCAGGAGCCUGGCCGCCAUCGGAGAGGGGGCCAUCAAAACGGAAGAGCCCGAGGGACUCCGCGAGGACUGCAGGCUGGGCGUGGAGGCCGCGUCCAAUGGCCUGGUCCACGGCAGCAAGGAGGUCAUCCUGGCCCAGCCGUCCAGCGCUUUUGGGCCGCACCAGCAAGACCUUAGGCUCCCUGUGACCCUCCACACUGUCCCCCCCGGGGCCCGGAUCCAGUUUCAGGGCCCGCCACCACCUGAGCUGAUCCGGCUGACCAAGGUCCCCCUGACACCAGUGCCUAUUAAAAUGCAGUCCUUACUGGAGCCGUCGGUAAAAAUCGAGACCAAGGAUGUCCCGCUCACGGUGCUGCCCUCAGAUGCAGGAAUACCAGAUACGCCCUUCAGUAAGGACAGAAAUGGCCACGUGAAGCGGCCCAUGAAUGCAUUUAUGGUUUGGGCAAGGAUCCACCGGCCAGCACUAGCCAAAGCUAACCCAGCAGCCAACAAUGCAGAAAUCAGUGUCCAGCUUGGGUUAGAGUGGAACAAACUUAGUGAAGAACAAAAGAAACCUUAUUAUGAUGAAGCACAAAAGAUUAAAGAAAAGCACAGAGAGGAAUUUCCUGGUUGGGUUUAUCAGCCUCGUCCAGGGAAGCGGAAACGCUUUCCUCUAAGUGUUUCCAAUGUAUUUUCUGGUACCUCACAGAAUAUUAUCUCUGCAAAUCCUACAACAAUUUAUCCUUAUCGCUCACCCACCUACUCAGUGGUAAUUCCCAGCCUACAGAACACCAUCACUCAUCCAGUUGGUGAAGCCACACCUGCCAUCCAGCUGCCCACACCUACAGUCCAGCGCCCAAGCCCCAUCACACUUUUCCAACCCAGCGUCUCCAAUACUGCCCAGGUGACCGUCCAGGCUCCAAGUCUACCACUCCGCCCAGCACUCCCUCCUCAGCGCUUUGCUGGGCCUUCCCAAACUGACACUCAUCGGCUGCCUUCUGGAGCCAAUCACUCUGUUAAGAGACCCACUCCUGUCUCUCUGGAGAACACCAGCAGGAUUCCAACUAGUGCAAGUACUGUCCAUGCCAGAUUUGCAACCUCAACCAUCCAGCCUCCCACGGAGUAUUCCAGCGUUUCCACUUGUCCCAGAAGUGGUCCAAUCCCCCAGGCGCCUCCCAUUCCACACUCACAUGUCUACCAGCCCCCUCCCCUGGGCCAUCCAGCCACGCUGUUUGGAACACCACCACGGUUCUCGUUUCAUCACCCUUACUUCCUUCCUGGACCUCACUACUUCCCAUCAAGCACGUGCCCUUAUAGUCGGCCUCCCUUUGGCUAUGGAAAUUUUCCAAAUUCAAUGCCAGAAUGCCUUGGUUAUUAUGAAGACAGGUAUCAAAAACACGAGGCUAUGUUUUCAGCUUUAAAUAGAGACUAUCCUUUUAGAGACUACCCAGAUGAGCGCACACACAGUGAAGAUUCUCGGAGUUGUGAGAGCAUGGAUGGGGCCUCUUACUAUAACAGCCACAGCCACAGCCACAGUGGGGAAGACUACCUAAACCCCAUGCCUCAGCUGGACAUUGGGGCCUUGGAGACCGUCUUCACAGCCCCAACAUCAACUCCCUCCAGCAUCCAGCAAGUCAAUGUCACCGACAGCGAUGAGGAAGAAGAAGAAAAAGUGCUCAGGAAUUUAUAAUUUUAAAACAAAUAUGCACAGAAAAUAAACAUUUCUUAAAAUAUAUUCUGGGUCAGUUGGUGUGAGAAAAAAAAAAAAAGCCUACAAUGCUUUGCUAAGAGUUUUCAGCCAUGAUCUGAGGAGUCAAAACCAAAUGCAAUUCACAUCUUCAUAAAGUUUUGAUUAGUGAAACUAGAGUCCUGAUGUUUCAUCGCAGGAAUAUUUAAGAUCUAAACUAUUUAUUUUUAUGGCUGAAAUUUGCACCAACAUGCAUUAUCAUUACUUUAUCUUGGAACAUGCAAAAUACAGAAGCCUCCCAAUUGUAUGUGAGGAGAGGGGUGUAUAUCUGAUAUGACACGUGUGACUUGCAUCUUAUCUCAGGACACAUUUAUUUUUCUUAAAUAUUUUUGUUUAGUGUUUAUAUAUUUAUGGAUUUUGUCAGUUUUUAUGUAACAUUUUGAAAAGAUUUUGAUAACUUUUGUAAGUGAACUGGGACUCAGUUAUUAAAUUUAAUUUACACUAGUAACCAAUUUUAAGUUGCAAAUGUGUUUUAGUGGCACCUGGGAAAUUCCUUCAGAUAUAUUUAGUCAUUUCUGUUACAAAACAUUUUUAUCAUCAUUUUUCAAUAUCUUUCCAUUGGUAUGCAUUGUUGUAUUUUUGUUAUAAUUAAAUAAACAGAUAAAAUUGUU